AUGUUACGAUUCGUACAACAAUCGCAUGUUCUUAAGACGAGAGUGUCGAACCAGUUUGUUUCGGCAAGCGCAAGGUCGCCAUUUCACCAUUCGCUACGGCUGAAUUCAUCCGUGGCGAUGGAACGUACGCCCUCGCAAGAGGCUGCUGCCGCUGCUGCUGCUGCUGCCGCUCCACCACAAGUUGCCAAAGCGGUUGGUAAAGUACGCGCGAUGCGCAAGAAUAUUAAGAUCGAUAAACCGCUUUCAGCUACACCCGAUUCACCAUGGUUUCACAAAGUAUGCGCGUUUGAGGACUGUGUCGCUCAAACGCUGUACAUGUCUCAAACGCCUCGCAGACGUAAUAACAAUCACAAUGGGGGUAAUUCGAAGCGGAACCAGCAACAGUCUAUGGCCGUUGCCAACACGAAUCCACUUUUCUGGGAUUCGAUAGGCCGUGCCAUGGGGCUGUAUCGGGAACUUUUGGGUACGCCCGAGCUCAAUAGCGACAGGGUAUCGAAGCUUGUACACCUUUUGCACAACGGACUUCGCGCCAAUCGUAACCAGCUCACUCGGAUGAACAAAAAACCCGAUUACGAUUCUCAGUCUUUCCACAAAGAAAUGACCAACUAUCUAUGUGAAUCUUUACGUGAGAUAUCGCAAGACGUUUUAUCCAGUAAGGUGGAGCUCAAUGAGUAUGGUGCCAUGCAUUUGAUAACAGCUUUCAAAGAAUUAUUACUAUUAGAAGAAGCUGUUAGUAUUUGGCGUUCUGCUAUCAAUGGCGCCAAUAGCUACACCGCCAAUAUAUUCCUAAACCCAAGAGUUGUGGGUGUUGUGUUACCUAUUCUUUAUGACAAUGGCGUAACCUACGCAGAAAUUCAAGAACUCUACGAAAAAUCCUCAGCCAUGAUAAACUAUUUCCAUCCUAACCUGUCGGUAGGUAUGAUUCGCGCUUCUCUAAGUGCGGGUGAAAAUGAAAUGGCUUUGACACUUUUCCAAAAGCUUUGCGAAGAGUCCAGUGAAAUGAAAUACGGUUAUUUGAUAGAAACACAUCUUUCAUUCAUCGGUGAAUGUAAGGACUUAAGCAUUUCGCAAGCAUUCUUCGACAAAGCUUUGAACAAUGAAAUGCCUUACAAGAUUGAUUUGCAAGUGUCCUACGUCAAAUCUUUCUUGAGAAACAUUUGGUCUCAAACACGCGACUUUCAAAAAGUUUACGACAUCUGGUACAAGUCAUCAGUACACUAUGGUCGCGAUGUAAAUCACGGUAUUUCUUCUUCAUUGAACGACACAUUUUUCGACAUCUUUUUCGAACAUUAUUCUCAAGAUAAAAUUACCGGGUUGCAGCAGUUGCAAGAGAUGAUCUCUACUUACAACAACAUCAAACCAAUUGACGAGCCUUUCUUUAACAUCAUUUUGGCCAAGUGUACAGUUUGGAGAGACCGCCAAAUCAUCGAGUCCAUUGAUAAGGCUUACGAUCUUUACCAAACCCCACGCACAAUAGUAGCUUACCGGAUUCUGUUGAAGUCCAUGGGUUCCGUACAUGUCACCAACGAAGAGAUCUUUCAACGUUGGUGUAACCUGGUGUCCAAGUCAGAUGAGAUUGGUCAAUCUUUCAUUGCCAAUGCUGACUGGGCGGCCUUGAGAGAUGCGACGGUAACAUGGACCCAAAAAUACAAUUCUCAGCCGGAAGAACUUUAUGCGAGUGACGGCUUCAAUGCCGCUAUGCAAGCAGCCAACGCAUCCGGCGCUUUUGACGAUAUUCCUCAGCAAACACCUCAACAACAGCAACAGCAACAUGCCGACAGGCUAGAGCUUUAUAUGAAAAUUGUCAAGCGCUACAGUCCCUUCUGUCGCGACUCUAGACAGCUUUCACGCUUAACCUCUGGCACGGCAGUGAAAUACCCAGUGCUGCAGCAAGCCUUGUCCAAAUUUAACGAUUUGGACGUCAACGACGUCUAUAUUCCUCAGUUUCACAAUUUGAGGUCCCAGCAUUAG